CACUCACACACACACACACACACACACUAACAAGUGCAGAUUAGUGUGGGAUUGGAGGCUGUCCUGCCACCUGACUGAGGCAGACUCACUUGGCUCCAUGUUCUACUUUGAGCGUCUUCCAUAACGGUUGCAGCUGUCAGCUGAUGGACGCCGUCACGCCGUGAAGUCCGGACUGAUGAGUCCAAGCGGAAGAAACUUUUCCCCGUGAGUCCGAGAGCUUGAAUGGAUCUGGAGUGAGCAUCGAGCGGCAUCUCUCUAAGGUGGGAUGAGGAGGGCCGUGUUACGGGAGGCCGCCAAGCGCUUCCCCUGGCUGGCCAACGUGACCUUGUACGGCUGCCUGUUCGCCGGCGGGGACCUGGCGCACCAGCUGAUGGCGCCCAAGGAUCGCCUGGACUGGAGGCGCACCGGCAACGUGGCCGCCGUGGCCACCGCCUUCCACGGGAACUUCAACUACUUCUGGAUGCGGGCUUUGGAGCGACGCUUCCCCGGGAAGUCUGCCGCCAUGUUGUUCCGCAAACUGCUGCUGGACCAAAGCUUUGCGUCGCCUUUGGCCACCAGUGUCUUCUACACGGGGGUCAGCUUCCUGGAGGGCAAAGAGGACGUCUUUGAGGACUGGAGGGAGAAGUUCUUCAACACGUGGAAGACUGGACUCAUGUACUGGCCUUUCAUGCAGUUCCUGAACUUUGCGCUGAUGCCGCUGCACAUGCGGACGGCCUUCAUGGGCUGCUGCGCCUUCCUCUGGGCCACCUUCUUGUGCUUCUCCCGCCAGGACGGCGACGGCACGGCCGCCGUGGCCCUGGCCUUCGUCAUGGACCCCCGCAAGACUCUAGAGGACAUGCGCCAGGCCCGCUUGGCCCGCAACAGGGAACGCUCGCAGAGGGAGAACUAGCGAGAGGAGCGCCGUGCAGGUUUUAAAACUGGUGUGUCAUAUACUCUGCUGCCACUAGGGGCGCUCUGUGAGUGUGGAGGGAGGUCAGGACCCAGGAGCACCUGUUGGUCCAAGGCCACUUCCACAUGGACGAGUAUUUUUAAAAUGAGACGCAAACAUCUUGUAGCAGUCUGUCUUUUAAGGACCUAAAUUCUUGAGUUUGCACAAUGCCAAAAGGUCAAAUAUAGGCUCAGCAACUAGCAUGUUUGUUUUGUUGUUAUCAUCAUAUUUGUGCAACAAAUGAAGCUGCUUCACCAGAGGUGUCCAAAGUGCGGUCCGGGGCACAUUUGCAGCCCGUUUCGCUGCUUGUUUUUAUUGACACAUUCUAAAGACAAAAUAAAAACAUCCUGGAUUAGAGCGUGACACACAAAAACUAGAAUAUGCAAUGUGCACGCCGCUAAAAAUGCACAAGCCGAACUUAAAUGCUACCGUUAGCAUGCUGACAGUUUUAAUGUGUGAGUAAUCAAGUCAUUUGACUAUUAAGCGUACACAUUUUAAAAUUAGCUACAAAAAAAACUAGCAUGCUAACAGUUAGCUUGUAUCAAGUAGCAAGUUAUAUGACUGAGGUGUUCGGCUGCAAAAUUGGCUGAAAAGGACAGCAUGCUAAUGUUAGAAGGCUAAUGUGGGCAUGCUAACAGUCAACAUGUGUCAAGUACGAAGUUAUAUGACCCCGAGAUGUUCGGCUGUAAAAUCGACUAAAAAAAGUUAGCAUGCUAACAUUUAGCAUGAGUCAAGUACCGAGUUGUAUGAGUCUUGAGACGUUUGGGUGCAAAAUUGGCUAAAAAGUUUAGCAUGCUAAUGUUAGUAUGCUAUGCUAUCACUAGCAUGCUAACAGUUAACGUGUCACAUUCCAAGUUAUGUGACUCUGAGGUGUUCGGCUGUAAAAUUGGCAGAACAUUUCAGCAUGCUAAUGUUAGUAUGUUAGAAGGCUAAUAUGAGCACGCUAACAGUCAACAUGUGUCAAGUACCAAGUUAUAUGACCCCGAGGUGUUCGGCUGUAAAAUUGACUAAAAAAAAGUUAGCGUGCUAACAUUUAGCAUGAGUCAAGCACCAACAGCCCUUUGAGACACUUGUGAUUUAGGGCUAUAUAAAUAAACAUUGAUUGAUUGAUUGAUUGAACUUAAAUGAGUCUGAUGCAUUUGGCUGCAAAUAUUCUGCAAAAAUUUAGCACACUAAUGUUAGCAUGCUAACAGUUAACAUAUGUCAGGUAGCAAAUUAUGAGUCUGAGAUGUUCGACCACAAAAUUGGCUAAAAAGUUUAGCAUGCUAGUGUUAGUAUGCUAUGCUAUCACUAGCAUGCUAACAGUUAACGUGUCACAUUCCAAGUUAUGUGACUCUGAGGUGUUCGGCUGUAAAAUUGGCAGAACAUUUCAGCAUGCUAAUGUUAGUAUGUUAGAAGGCUAAUAUGAGCAUGCUAACAGUCAACAUGUGUCAAGUACCAAGUUAUAUGACCCCGAGGUGUUCGGCUGUAAAAUUGACUAAAAAAAAGUUAGCGUGCUAACAUCUAGCAUGAGUCAAGUACCAACUUAAAUGAGUCUGAUGCAUUUGGCUGCAAAUAUUCUGCAAAAAUUUAGCACACUAAUGUUAGCAUGCUAACAGUUAACAUAUGUCAAGUAGCAAAUUAUGAGUCUGAGAUGUUCGACCACAAAAUUGGCUAAAAAGUUGGCAUGCUAACAUUUAGCAUGAGUCAAGUACCAACUUAAAUAAGUCUGAUGCAUUUGGCUGCAAAUUUUCUGCAAAAAGUUAGCACACUGAUGUUAGCAUGCUAACAGUUAACAUAUGUCAAGUAGCAAGUUAUGAGUGAGACGUUCGGCUGCAAAAUUGGCUAAAAAAGUUGGCAUGCUAACAUUUAGCAUGAGUCAAGUACCAACUUAAAUGAGUCUGAUGCAUUUGGCUGCAAAUUUUCUGGAAAAAAGUUAGCACACUAAUGUUAGCAUGCUAACAGUUAACAUAUGUCACGUAGCAAAUUAUGAGUCUGAGAUGUUCGGCUGCAAAAUUGGCUAAAAAAUUGGCAUGCUACCAUUUAGCACGAGUCAAGUACCAAAUUAUAUGAGUCUGAUGCAUUUGGCUGCAAAUUUUCUGCAAAAAGUUAGCACACUAAUGUUAGCAUGUGUCAAGUAGCAAGUUAUAUGAGUAUGGAGCGUUUGGCUGCAAAAUGGGCUAAAAAUGUAAGCAUGCUCAUGUUUGUAAUGAGCCAAUCAGUGGCCACGAUACUAAACAGGUCUGAUUGUUUUGGUCUCGUCUAGUGGCCAAUACUACUGUAGUAUUGGUAUUUUUUUUAACUUCAUUUAGCCAUUUUUACGCUGGAAAAUGCUUAUUUUAUGGCAAAAUGACAUCUGCUUUGUUAGCGAUAGCACAAAGCUAAGACGUUCAGAUAGUUUAGCAUGUAUUGGUUGACCUAUAUUGUAUUGUUUUUAGUAUCCAUAAUGUGCAAAAUGUAUCAAAGUGUACAUUUUUCUCAAUAGAAAAAGUGUAUAGUUAACCUGUGCUGCUCUAAUAACGGUGCCAAACAUGGGUGCUGAACAAAGAGUUCCCGCCUGAACCUACCACACAGUGCAGCUUGAUGGCAUUGAGGGCUCAGCACCAGCUUGUGCCUUAUGCCCAGUGACCUUUGACCCACGUCAUGAUGGGAAAUGUUUGCGUCUUCUCUACCUCUGCAUUCUUCUGGCUGAACGUGUCAGCUGUCAGAUUAGUUCAAGGCAGCGUCUGGUCGACAGGCUCGUGUUUUGGAAACAAAAAUGUCAAGACUCUCAGGCAGCAAUUUUGUUUUGUUUACAUAGCUUAGCAUUUAUUUACAGUGGAUCGCUGUUUCCUACAGUAGGGGUGUCCCGAUCCAAUAGUGAUAUCGUGUAUCGGUCCGAUAUCAGCUUGCAUGCAAAAUGUCCGAUACGAGCACACUGGGUCGAUCUUCUAUUUUAGUUCAGUUAAACAUGCAUAUAGGCAACAAGGAGCUAGUCAGAAUGGCAGGGGCGAACACACAAAACAGGAAGAGCGACCAAAAUAAGAGCGCUAGAUUAGGAACUGAAACACCCGACAUAAAACAGCACAUUAGUAAAUAUAAACAAGUAUUAAAUAUUUAUAGUGGUGUAUUACUUACACAUGCAAAGUCUCCGAGGCAGGAGCGUUUUAGAAAGUGUCCAGUAACAAACGUGUCCGCGUCACUCCACUUACUGCGUCACGGGCUUAACAUUUUUAAAUGUCAUCGAAAAACAAAUGACCACUUCACUUCAACUUAAAGACAGCCCAAGUCCAUUCCAGACAGUUGUCAAUAAAUAAGUUAGUGUUUUGUUCUCACAUACAAAUUAAUACAAGUAUAAUAUCGUAUUGGAUCGAUAUCAGAAUGGGGCAAAAUUCAAUGCUCCAAUUUUGGUAUCAUAUUAGAAGAGGGAGAAGUAGAAUCGGGACAACCCACAUUUUUUACCCCGCAGGGUAUCUUUCAAUGGUUUUACCUGCCCUACAGAAUUUUUACUCCUCAGAGCAAUAAUAACACGCACAUCUUUAAGCGUUAAUUAGCUUUUCCCCCAUUGUUAGCAUGUUAGAAUAAUCUGA